CAAUAAAAACUCCCAACCAUUUAUCUCUUUCCAUUAUUUUGGCCUUUUCCCACUAUUAAAAAAAAAGCUCAUCUCCAAAACCUGCAGAGAAGCAGAAGCAGAAGCAGCUGAUCCAUCAACACCCAUGGCUUCCACAGCUCUCUCUACUGCUUCCAAUCCCACCCAGCUUUGUUCUGCUAAGAAUGGGGUGUUUUCGCCGUCGAAAGCGCUCGUCGGGAAGCGCAUUAAAGGGUUGGGCUCAUUUGGAAGGGAGAAGAAGGAGAAGCAGAGUGGUGGUGGGCUGGUGAGAUGCCAGGCGACGAGCAGCAUUCCGGCAGACCGGGUGCCGGACAUGGGGAAGCGGCAGCUGAUGAAUCUGCUUCUUCUGGGAGCUGUUUCGUUGCCCACCGCGAUAAUGCUGGUCCCCUAUGCCGCCUUCUUUGUCCCUCCUGGUUCAGGCGGAGCCGGCAGCGGAACCUACGCAAAAGAUGCACUUGGAAAUGAUGUUAUUGCCUCAGAAUGGAUCAAGAAACAUGGUCCUAAUGAUAGAACACUCACUCAAGGGUUGAAAGGAGAUCCUACCUACCUUAUCGUGGAGGCUGACAGAACCCUGGCAACCUAUGGGAUCAAUGCAGUGUGCACGCACCUCGGGUGUGUUGUUCCAUGGAAUAAAGCUGAGAACAAGUUCAUUUGCCCUUGCCAUGGAUCCCGAUACAACAAUCAAGGCAAGGUUGUGAGGGGACCUGCACCAUUGUCACUGGCUUUGGUUCAUGCCGACAUCGAUGAUGGCAAGGUUCUAUUUGUGCCGUGGGUUGAAACCGAUUUCAGAACUGGUGAAGAUCCAUGGUGGACUUAGAACACUCAUUGCAUCAUUCACAUAUAUGUUCAGUUCAAUGCCUUGUAUCAUCUUUCAAGGGAGCGUUUCAUUUCUUGUGUUUCUUCAAAGUAUGUAUAACUUUGUAUGGAAGAACAGCUUUUCUUUUCCAUCAAAUACUGUGUUGAGGAGAACUCAAAUUGAGAUUUUUAUGAUCUCCCGAUGUCAUUGUUUUGUUUUAGAUUUGGAUUUCUUUUUGUCAUAUAGAACUGGCACAAACGGAUUGCACUGAAGAAUUCUUAAUUGUUCUUUGAA